CGCAGGAACAGCUGGUGCCUCGGGAGGCGGCGAGUGAGAGGGCGGGCGUGGGGUGCCGGUGCCCGGCCGGGCCACGCUGCGGGAGCCACCGCCGCCUUGCAUCAUUGUACCAUGUCCGGGCAGCUGGAGCGUUGUGAGCGCGAGUGGCAUGAGCUGGAAGGAGAAUUUCAGGAGCUGCAGGAGACGCACAGGAUCUACAGGCAGAAGCUGGAGGAGCUGACAGCGCUACAGACUCUGUGCAGCACUUCCAUCAACAAGCAGAAGCGGCACCUCAGGGACCUGAAGCGCAUGCUCCAGAGGUGCAAGCACCAUUCCAGUCAAGAGGAGGCAGAGCUCAUUCAGCAGAUAGGCGCCAACAUUAAGGAGCGACAGAAUGUCUUCUUCGACAUGGAGGCCUACCUACCGAAGAAGAAUGGGCUCUACCUGAAUCUGGUCCUUGGCAACGUCAACGUGACUCUCCUUAGCAACCAGGCCAAGUUUGCAUACAAGGACGAGUAUGAGAAGUUCAAGCUCUACCUGACCAUAAUCCUGCUUCUGGGUGCUGUGGCCUGCCGCUUUGUCCUUCACUACAGGGUGACAGAUGAAAUCUUCAACUUCCUGCUCGUGUGGUAUUACUGCACUUUGACCAUUCGGGAGAGCGUUCUCAUCAGCAAUGGCUCCAGAAUCAAAGGCUGGUGGGUGUCUCACCAUUACGUCUCCACGUUCCUGUCUGGAGUGAUGCUGACUUGGCCUAAUGGACUAAUUUAUCAGAAGUUUCGAAAUCAGUUCUUAGCAUUCUCCAUUUUUCAGAGCUGUGUUCAGUUCCUGCAGUACUAUUACCAGAGAGGCUGUCUCUACAGACUGCGAGCCCUGGGGGAGAGGAACCACCUGGACCUCACAGUGGAAGGGUUCCAGUCUUGGAUGUGGCGGGGCCUCACCUUCCUCCUGCCUUUCCUUUUCUGUGGCCAUUUCUGGCAGCUCUACAAUGCGGUCACCCUGUUUGAACUCUCCAGCCACGAGGAAUGCAAAGAAUGGCAGGUAUUUGUGCUGGCACUCACCUUCCUCAUCCUCUUCCUUGGCAAUUUCCUGACCACACUCAAAGUUGUGCACGCCAAACUCCAGAAGAACAGGAACAAGACAAAGCAGCCAUGAACCUCUGGACCCUUGUGCCUGGGAGUCUUGGGACUUAAGACUGCUGGGGAUUCUGGUCAGCACCCUGGCUGCUGGUCACUGGUAGCCAAGGGCAGCAGCAUCUCAGGGGCCAGCAGCAUCACUGGGAGCAGGGCCAAGGCCCUGGUCCCUGACCAGACAUGAGGAAUGUGAAGGGCACCUUUGCGCACAGUAUUAACUUGCCCCGGCUCCCUAUUUAUAAUGUAUUUAAUGCUGGGUCUUCCCUGCAUCCCUGGAAUCCGAGGCCUCUGCAACUCUGUGUGAUGGCAGUGGCCAUAUCUGCGUCCGUCUUCCAGGGAGGGGCAGAAAGCCUCAGGGAACCCCCUCUCUUCCUACUCCUGUCAUUUGAACCCCUCACUGGGGUUUAGAUGUGCCUCACUGGGGUUGGCUUUAGCUGACCUGCUAUUUACUGUGUCCCAGGCACCUGUGGAGCGCCCUUCUCUGGGCCACCCCCUCUCCUGGGCCACUACCUCUGUUGUAACCCUCCCCCCCCCCAGCCUCUCCCCCUCUGUGGUGAGGGAGUAUUUAAGUUCUCAGAGAACCUGACUGUCUUGUCUCUUGCUUUGUGUUUCCUGAAACACCUGCCUGCUGGCCACUGGGGGAAAGUGGCACAGCCUACUCAGGAUCUAGAGAUGUCUUCCCCUUGGAACCUGAGGUGGCAGGGUUUUAAGGAUGGUCUCCACCAGAGGGCGCCAAGCUUCUGGGUUGUUUGCGGUCCAGUGGACUCCUGGGGGUUUCUCACUGCUGCCCUUCAGCCUUCCUUCACAGACUUGCUGUGCGACCUUGACAUGGGCCCUAGACCCAGUGUGACUAGAACUUAAGCCAUUUGGAAAUCAUUCAUUCCCUGCCUCCCUCCAUCUCUGAGAGUCUUAUACGUGUGGGAAGGCCUGUGCGACCCUGUGAGAUCCAGGCAGCAGCAAGAGUGGAGGUGCAAACAGGUUCAGCUGAAUGUUCUGUCCCUUCUGACCCAUGGAGGUCCAUGUUCCGACCCAUGGACCUCAGCUGCACGCUCAGAUCCAACUCCACAGCUGGUGUCCUCAGACAUGCUUCAUUUGGUCUCCACAGGAGUUUAAAUUUCUUUAGUUAUGUGAUAAAAAUGAGAUCUCGCCUCCCCCACAUAAGAGUCCAGAUUUCUGUUUACCUUACAAAAAUGGAAAGACCUGGCAACAUUCCCAAGGGGCAAGAUCAGGCACCUGCUCAUGUUUGCCACAACCCGCCCCUC